AUGCAAUGCCAAAUCUCAAUUCUCAAGUUUUCAAUUGAAAUAUUCUUCAAGAAUCUUGAUUUGGACAUGAAGACAGGGUUAGGAAAAUUGAAGGAAACCCUUAUUUCUGUUGCUUCACCUCAACAAAAUACUGUAAAUCAAGGUGAAUUACCACAUAUAUUAUACCAGGAAUGUCCAAAAGGACAUAGCAGUGGUGGUAUAAACUUCUGGGAUGCAUCAUCUCCACUUUUGAUUCCAAUUGUAUCAUUUAAUCAACAAAGUGAAGAUGAUCAGACUUUAAGUGGUGUUCCACUGACUGCAUUGUGUUAUGAUAUGGAAACAUGCCUCCUCAUAUCUGGAGAUCAAACUGGAACAGUUAGAAUUUAUAAAUUUAAACCUGAGCCAUAUGCCAUAGAGAGCAGUUUUUUGUCCUUACAAGCAAGUUCAAAGAAAGGAAGCAAUAUUGUUCAAAGUGUUAAACUUGUGAAGGUGAAUGGAGCAGUGGUUUCAAUAACUACAAGUCAUGACUCUAAACAUAUUGCUGUGGGGUCAGAUCAAGGAUAUGUUUCGGUGAUUGACAUUGGAGGAGCAACUGUGUUAUAUGAAAGGCGAAUAGCGAGUGAGAUCUCGACAGCUGUCAUCUCUCUGCAAUUUGGGAUGUGUAGUUUGCAUGGAUUUGAGAAAAGUGUGUUAAUGGCAGCAACAAAGGAUUCAUCAGCUUGGGCACUUGAAUGUGAAACAGGAAAUAUUCUCAAUAAUGGAUCAGUUCAUCCUAAAAAACCUUCUAAAGCUCUUUUAAUCCAAAUGUUAGAUGAGCAAGGGACAGCUGGCAGAGGAUCUAAUGCAUCUAAGGGUAUAAUAGGAAAUUCGUUUGAUGAUGGGGUAGUGAAGGAGUCAUUGCUACUAUGUUCUGAGAAAGCUGUUUACGUGUAUUCACUUUCACAUGCUGUUCAGUAUUUAUCAUUCUGGGCAAUGUUUCUCCAACUGACAGGUGUUCGAUAUGAAUUUGGAGCAGCGAUAUUUUGGAGUCAAAUUGUACGUUUUCGUGGUGAAUUUGCCCUACACUUUCUUAUACCCACAGGCAAGCUUUUCAGGCCAUCAAUUAGAUGUAGCUCUGAUGAAACUGUUGCUUCUCGUAUGGCUACAAAUGAAAUUCAAUUCUUUGAUUUUUCAAAAGGCAUGGUGCAUAAGAUUAGAAUUCCUGGAAUAGCUGCAGUAGAGCUUUCUAAGCAACCUGGAUCCCAUGAUGCUGUAUUUGUUCCAGAAUCUAAGGAAAAGAAGGACCUGUACAUGAUGUUCAAUGGUCGUAUUCAGGGAAAGAAUUUGCAAUUGUUUAUGGAUAUAAGAAACUCUCAAUACCAUGGUUUGAAUAAUGCAAGUGAAUCCUUUGAACAUGCCAUACAACGUGUUAUUGAUGACAACCUUGAGUUGGGAUGUGCAUCAACUGAGAAGCUACUGUUAUGGGUGUUUUAUGAAUGUCCAAAAGCACUGAAGAUGAGUGAUGCAAGAGUAAUAUUAUUGUCUGCUCUUCACAAUGUCAUUCAGAUUUUAUCCAAUUGCUACAAUCCACCUGAGUCGCUUGUUGACCGGUUUAACUGGCUUAUGAAAGGGUUUAAUGAUUGGGAUAAUUCCAGUUACCUCCAAGGACAUAGCAGUGGUGGUAUAAACUUCUGGGAUGCAUCAUCUCCACUUUUGAUUCCAAUUGUAUCAUUUAAUCAACAAAGUGAAGAUGAUCAGACUUUAAGUGGUGUUCCACUGACUGCAUUGUGUUAUGAUAUGGAAACAUGCCUCCUCAUAUCUGGAGAUCAAACUGGAACAGUUAGAAUUUAUAAAUUUAAACCUGAGCCAUAUGCCAUAGAGAGCAGUUUUUUGUCCUUACAAGCAAGUUCAAAGAAAGGAAGCAAUAUUGUUCAAAGUGUUAAACUUGUGAAGGUGAAUGGAGCAGUGGUUUCAAUAACUACAAGUCAUGACUCUAAACAUAUUGCUGUGGGGUCAGAUCAAGGAUAUGUUUCGGUGAUUGACAUUGGAGGAGCAACUGUGUUAUAUGAAAGGCGAAUAGCGAGUGAGAUCUCGACAGCUGUCAUCUCUCUGCAAUUUGGGAUGUGUAGUUUGCAUGGAUUUGAGAAAAGUGUGUUAAUGGCAGCAACAAAGGAUUCAUCAGCUUGGGCACUUGAAUGUGAAACAGGAAAUAUUCUCAAUAAUGGAUCAGUUCAUCCUAAAAAACCUUCUAAAGCUCUUUUAAUCCAAAUGUUAGAUGAGCAAGGGACAGCUGGCAGAGGAUCUAAUGCAUCUAAGGGUAUAAUAGGAAAUUCGUUUGAUGAUGGGGUAGUGAAGGAGUCAUUGCUACUAUGUUCUGAGAAAGCUGUUUACGUGUAUUCACUUUCACAUGCUGUUCAGUAUUUAUCAUUCUGGGCAAUGUUUCUCCAACUGACAGGUGUUCGAUAUGAAUUUGGAGCAGCGAUAUUUUGGAGUCAAAUUGUACGUUUUCGUGGUGAAUUUGCCCUACACUUUCUUAUACCCACAGGCAAGCUUUUCAGGCCAUCAAUUAGAUGUAGCUCUGAUGAAACUGUUGCUUCUCGUAUGGCUACAAAUGAAAUUCAAUUCUUUGAUUUUUCAAAAGGCAUGGUGCAUAAGAUUAGAAUUCCUGGAAUAGCUGCAGUAGAGCUUUCUAAGCAACCUGGAUCCCAUGAUGCUGUAUUUGUUCCAGAAUCUAAGGAAAAGAAGGACCUGUACAUGAUGUUCAAUGGUCGUAUUCAGGGAAAGAAUUUGCAAUUGUUUAUGGAUAUAAGAAACUCUCAAUACCAUGGUUUGAAUAAUGCAAGUGAAUCCUUUGAACAUGCCAUACAACGUGUUAUUGAUGACAACCUUGAGUUGGGAUGUGCAUCAACUGAGAAGCUACUGUUAUGGGUGUUUUAUGAAUGUCCAAAAGCACUGAAGAUGAGUGAUGCAAGAGUAAUAUUAUUGUCUGCUCUUCACAAUGUCAUUCAGAUUUUAUCCAAUUGCUACAAUCCACCUGAGUCGCUUGUUGACCGGUUUAACUGGAUGUUGUCACCUGAAACCAUGGUGGGCCCCUUCAAACCCCAACCUCAUCCGGGAACCAACAUCUCCAAAGGAGCUGUCAUCACAUGUUAUUUGAAAGAUGAGAGAAGAAAUUUUCUUUUACCAAAUAAUAUUCAUAUUAAGUCCAAGGAAAAGAAGGACCUGUACAUGAUGUUCAAUGGUCGUAUUCAGGGAAAGAAUUUGCAAUUGUUUAUGGAUAUAAGAAACUCUCAAUACCAUGGUUUGAAUAAUGCAAGUGAAUCCUUUGAACAUGCCAUACAACGUGUUAUUGAUGACAACCUUGAGUUGGGAUGUGCAUCAACUGAGAAGCUACUGUUAUGGGUGUUUUAUGAAUGUCCAAAAGCACUGAAGAUGAGUGAUGCAAGAGUAAUAUUAUUGUCUGCUCUUCACAAUGUCAUUCAGAUUUUAUCCAAUUGCUACAAUCCACCUGAGUCGCUUGUUGACCGGUUUAACUGGAUGUUGUCACCUGAAACCAUGGUGGGCCCCUUCAAACCCCAACCUCAUCCGGGAACCAACAUCUCCAAAGGAGCUGUCAUCACAUGUUAUUUGAAAGAUGAGAGAAGAAAUUUUCUUUUACCAAAUAAUAUUCAUAUUAAGUCCAAGGAAAAGAAGGACCUGUACAUGAUGUUCAAUGGUCGUAUUCAGGGAAAGAAUUUGCAAUUGUUUAUGGAUAUAAGAAACUCUCAAUACCAUGGUUUGAAUAAUGCAAGUGAAUCCUUUGAACAUGCCAUACAACGUGUUAUUGAUGACAACCUUGAGUUGGGAUGUGCAUCAACUGAGAAGCUACUGUUAUGGGUGUUUUAUGAAUGUCCAAAAGCACUGAAGAUGAGUGAUGCAAGAGUAAUAUUAUUGUCUGCUCUUCACAAUGUCAUUCAGAUUUUAUCCAAUUGCUACAAUCCACCUGAGUCGCUUGUUGACCGGUUUAACUGGCUUAUGAAAGGGUUUAAUGAUUGGGAUAAUUCCAGUUACCUCCAAGGUUUUGGAACCAUGCGUAGGCAGUCUAGCAUAUUAACCACCUAA